AAGAAUACAUCAAAACGUUUUGAAGAUUGUCAAGGAAAAAUGAGAAGGUCCUUUAAUUUUAAUCCAGAGGGUAUGGUAUCAUGUCUCUUCUAAAGUUGUCACUUUAUUCUUUACCAUAUUGUGCUGGUGUAUACUUACUGUAUAGAUGGAUAACUCCGAGUGAAACUGAUAUGAAACAGAGAUUUGCAAAUAGUCCUGAUCCAUACUUGAGAGAAAAAUACAAAAAACUACAGUGGGAAGAAACAAAAAAGAAAAAAGAUGCCUAAUUGUUUGUUAAAACCUUUACAGUUAACUUUAGCCAUUUUUAAGCCAGAUGUUGUUUCUAGACCUCAUAUUGUUCAACAAAUUAAACAGAUGAUUCGUGAUGAUGGAUUCUUUUUUGUUAAAUCAACAACAUGCUACCUUCCACGUUCAAAAGCAGAGGAAUUCUACAAGGAGCAUGAAGGGAGAUUUUUUCAUAAUAGACUUGUUACUUUCAUUUCAAGUGGUCAUGUGAGUGCUCAUAUCUUAGCAAAACAUGAUGCUAUAAAAUGCUGGAGGAAGUUGAUGGGACCAACAAAAGUCCUGAAAACCGUUCAUGAAGACCCACAUUCAAUACGAGGGAAAUUUGGAUUAACAGAUACCAGGAAUGCUACUCAUGGUUCAGAUUCGGAGGAGAGUGCUAGAAGAGAGAUUAAUUUCUUCUUUUCUGAUUUUAACAUUGAGGAAUGGCAUAGAACUGAAGAGCCGUAUUUUAGACAAGGAAAAGUUAAAUUUUGUGAAGAUAAAGAAAUACAUGUUACUAUUACUGAGAAUGAACACAAACUGAGUCAUGAAUAGUAAUUGAUAGUUACAUCAAAAUGAAAAAUAUGUAAAACUUUCUGUCCACAGAUAACUAUAUUAAAUUACUUAUUAUAUUUCUUUCUUGUAUAUACUGCAGUUUGAAUAAGUUGCUUUGUACAUGUAUUGCUGAUAUCAUUUGUUCAAUUUUAAUGUUGAACUACAAACAAUAACCAUAACUUUAUACAUGUAUAUAAAACUUUUAAGUGUAAAUUUUUUUCAUACAUGUACAUUGUUUAUGCAGAAUUAUAAUUGAAUAUUUUUAAUAUAAAUGUUACUUCUUUUUGAUCAUUUGUGUUAAAUUAACCUAUGAUUUAUUAUGUUCAUGAUGAGACAAUGUAUGUACAUUAUUAAAAUCAUUGAGUUUUUGAUUAAACAACAAUUCAUAUU